AUGUUCAACGAUCCGGCUGUGGAGAUUCAGGAGCUCACCGUGCUGAUUAAGAACGAGAUCACGGCGCUGAAUUCGGCUCUCUCCGAUUUGCAAACCAUUCAGAACAUGGACAUGGCUGAAGGAAGUUACUCGCAGGAUAGGAUUGUGCAUUCAACCGCGGUUUGUGAUGACUUGAAGAGCAAACUCAUGGGAGCCACGAAGCAUCUUCAAGAUGUCUUAACUGCUAGGACAGAGUUUCUUGUGUUUAGAAGAAUAUGGUUGAACAAGGUUGAGGAAGGAUCUGAUAGUGUACGCCAAGUUGGCAACUCUGAGUUUCAUUUCAUUCGUAGUCAGUAUGAAACGCCGUUUUAUGUUUUUGCCGCAGCGGCAGUUGCUACCUGGGACGGGUGGCACUUGACAGUGACUGAUAUCAGCAAGGCUGCUGUGGUUACUGACAUCCAAGCAUCACAUUUCAAGUUCUUAAGUCGGCUGGUCCUUGGUUGA